AUGGAAGGAGAAGGAGUGUUUUGUCACCAGUGCCGCCAAAAGACCACCAGACGUGUGUUCGUGUGCCACAACGUCAUGGGGACAUGCCAACUCAAGAUCUGUGACCGGUGCCUCAAGAAAAGAUAUGAUGGAAGUGUAGAUGGUACUGUCAUUACAGAAGAGGAGGCUGCUGCAGAUGAUUGGAAGUGUCCGAAAUGCAGCGGGAAAUGCAACUGCAGUGAGUGCAUGAGGCGACAGGGUAAGGAACCUCAUGGUCGAGUUAGGUCUGGCUCAAAAAAGCCUUCAGUGGAGGAGCCUGCGGAAGGGUCUGAGCCAAAGAGAGAAGGAGGUAAACAAAUAGAAGACGUUGCAGCAAAGGGAAAGAGGAAGGCCAAGGCUCCUAAGGAACCCCGCAGAGUGAAGGCAAAGGAGGAAGUAGUUGAGCCUGAACUUCAUCUGCCUUUAGGGGUUCCUCUAACAACUGUUGCGGGCAUUGAACUACAUCCUCAGGAUAUAGGACAUGCCCUACAGUUCAUACAGUUCUGCGUGGCCUUCGAAGAGGUUUUUGGAUUCAGCAAAGCACAAGCUGAAUCUCUUCUCAGGGACCUGGUGCUUCAACAGUACACCUCCGUAUUUCAAUUCCACUCCAGACUCUUAUCUGUACAGGAGGUGGAAUUAAAAGAAGAUAUCAGGCCUUUGAGCGAGGAUUCCUGGUUCGAACAUUUGAGGUGCUACUUCUCUGAGUCUCAACUCCUACUGAAGGAACUACCCUCCGAUUUCUUUAGUAGAGGAGUUGAGGGGUACCUCUCCUUGGACUUCUCCCAGAAGCUUAGAGUCCUGAAUUUCCUUUGUGAUGAGGCUCUUGACACUAAAAAAUUGAGCAAAUUUAUAGAAAGACAAGAAGGAAUAUUCACUGAAAGAAAGAGGGAAGCAAACCAAAAACUUUCUGCUGCAAAGGCUAAGGAACUAAGUCUCAAAGGGCAAUUGAAAUCUGAGGUGUCCAAAGCCAUUGCUGCAGAAGAAACUGCUGCUUCAUCUUCAGAUCACAAAACUACUGUUUCGCGAUUAAAGAGUGAAGCAGCUCAAGCUCAUGCAGAAUUGCUUCAAGCCAAAGCCUUGAAAUCAAAAUUGAUAGCACAUGAUUCAAUACGAACAGAGCCUUAUCUGUUCGAUGAAAAUGGUCAUGCAUUUUGGAGAUUGACAGGCUAUGAUGCUGGAAUGGAUAUGUUGCUUCAAGAUGUGGGAACUUGGGAUCCAUUUACAUCUUCUGAUGAGAAGUGGUUCCUGUAUGAAGAAGAAAAGAAAGAAGCAGUAGAAAAGUACUGCUCUUCUGUAAGAACUAGGAAGCUUAUGAAUGAAAACCUGUCUCAAACACUUCCUUCAAGUUCUGGAAGCAAGGAUGAGGAGAAGCUUGAAAAUGCGACUACUGGAAGCGAAGAAGAAGGCAUAGCCAAAAGUAGUGCAGAAGAGUAA